GGGGAGCGCGCUGACGCUCCUGCGCCCCUUUCCCGGGCGGGCGAUUCCCCGCUCCUGCUCUUCCCUCCUGCUCCCGUCUCCCAGCCCCUCCCACUCUUCUCCCCCCCCCCACCGCCGCUCUUUGAGUUAAGCCUCGCCCUCCCCACUCCCCCUCCUUGUGCGCAGGCGUGGCCCCCUCUCCUGCCAGCAGUGCCGCUGCCGCCGCUCCCUGAAGCCGCCCUCCGAGGCCCCGCCCUUCUCCAGCUCAGCCCUUUCGGCUAUCCGGGUCCCUCUCGCUCUCUGGUCCCUUUUCGGCCGCCGGCCAGCCUCCGACCUCCACCCCUCCGCCCCCUGCGCGCGCCUGAAACUGGUUACCCGUCGUGCUUUGCGCGGCCCCUGGCACUGACGUGGCCGCCGGGAGCCGCCAUCUUGUGUGCCUGGGCGCAGCGAGCGAGCGGGAGGAAAAGGGACGAGAGGCAGGCAGGCGAGCAAGCGGGGAGGGGGGGAGCCAGGACAGAAAGCCCGGAAGGAGCAGCGCUGCCUGAGCGAGGCAAACCAAGACGACGCCGCCGCCGGAUUUCUUUGGCCAGUGACUGAUCGCCACACUCAAACAUGGGAAAUAUUUUUGCUAACCUCUUCAAAGGUCUCUUUGGCAAAAAAGAAAUGCGUAUCCUUAUGGUCGGACUGGAUGCUGCAGGAAAGACUACUAUUUUGUACAAACUUAAACUCGGUGAAAUAGUAACUACCAUCCCAACUAUAGGUUUCAAUGUAGAAACAGUAGAAUACAAGAACAUUAGCUUCACAGUGUGGGAUGUAGGUGGCCAGGAUAAAAUCAGGCCACUCUGGCGCCAUUAUUUCCAGAAUACACAAGGUUUGAUCUUUGUGGUUGAUAGUAAUGACAGAGAGAGAGUCAAUGAGGCCCGAGAAGAACUUAUGAGAAUGUUGGCUGAAGAUGAGCUCAGAGACGCUGUCCUCUUAGUGUUUGCUAACAAACAGGACCUUCCGAAUGCGAUGAAUGCAGCAGAAAUCACAGACAAACUAGGACUGCAUUCUCUUCGCCACAGGAACUGGUAUAUCCAGGCCACCUGUGCCACUAGUGGAGAUGGUCUCUAUGAAGGACUGGACUGGUUGUCCAAUCAGCUCCGAAACCAGAAAUGAAGCCCUGAAAUUCUUCCUCUUUCCCCUCUCUUCUCCACCCCUAAUUUCUCCUCCUCCUCCUCCUACUGCCCUUUGCUUUACUCUAAUGUGGCAAACCAUGCUACUUUGUGGUAUUGAGUGCCGGAAGCUGUUUUCAUUUCUCUUGUCACAGGAUGUCCUUCACCAUGCUGUACGUGUGGCAAAUCCAAGCCUGAAAACAGUUUAGGUUUCUUAUUUAAUGUAAAUAGUUCUUGUUUCCAAUGAGACAGUUUCUGGUACUCCUAUGCAAUAUUACUCAGCUUUUUUUAUUGUAAAGAAAAUCAAUUCGCUGUUUAGUACUGGGAAAGGAAUUUAAAGUGGCUUCAGAGAAGGGUUGCCAGUAGUCCAGUUAUACACUAGAGCUGAAAAUGAUCCCUCUUGGCUAGCAGGGUCUGUGGGGAGGCCAGAUUUGGUGGCUAUUUUUUUAGCCUGGAGUUGUCAGUUUCUUUUUUUAAAAAGGAAAGUUUAAACACUUGAACAAAAUGUCCAUUGUGAGUUCUGCAACAACUUGAAUACCAGCAACUUAACAUGUGUAUAGAUCCACAGAAUGAGCAGCAUUCUGGAUCUUUCUGUGCUUGAUGACUUUUUGUGUUUUUAUGUGGACCCUCCUAAAGUCCGAGCUAGUUCAGUUUUGGCCACAGACUUGAGAGAAAUUGGCGCACGCACUAACAUUGAAUCCCUCGAGCUGUCUUGAGAUUUGGGCAAGAAUAGCCUCCUUUUCUGCAUCUAAUUUGGGUGCCAUCCUCAUCUGUUUGAUUUCUUGUUGGUUCUCCCCUCCCCCCAAGUAUUUUGGACUUAUCUUGUGUAGAACUACUCCAGAAGGCAAAUUCUUUCCACAGAGCGCACAGCAGCCCGUAGCAAUUCUAAGCUCUGUCAUCGGCAAGUACUGUACUUAAGUAAGAAAUGCCAUCCAAGCCAUCUAAUGUAGUGUCUAGGAAAAAAAUUAAGUAAAAGCAUGAAAGUUUGGAGUUUCAUUCCAUUCUAGAAGUAUUGAUGCCAUUUUUUGGAACAACUUCACAUCUGUGUAUGUGUGUGAAAACCCUUCACAUCCCUCAUACUGCAAGGUUCAGAUUUGCCAUCAAGAAAGCCUCUAACUUUUUUCUUUUGUAUUUUGAUAAAACACUGAAGAAGCUGGAGCUGUUUAACUUGAGGAACUAUCAGAACUGGUUUAUUUAGUGUUGUGGAAAAUCUUAUUUGCUUUCAAUACACAGUUAGUAAUCAACUGUUUUGUAUACUUGUUUUCAGUUUUCAUUUCGACAAACAAGCACUGUAAUUAAAGCUGUUAGAAUAAAAAUCUCUUAACUAUU